AUGCGUGUUUUCGUCACCGGAGCAGCUGGCUUCAUCGGCCGUGCCCUCACUCAAGAACUCAUUCAGCAUGGCCAUUCAGUCCUCGGAUUAUCACGCAGUGAGAAGAACGCAGAAAUUCUCCGUAAACUCGGUGCAGAAUCCCACCAUGGAGAUCUAGAAGACGUUGAGAGUCUUCGGAGUGGCGCAAGGGCCGCUGAUGCCGUUAUCCAUCUUGGAUUCAUCCACGACUUUUCGAAAUUCGAACAGAGCCUUGUUGUCGACCGACAAGCCAUUCAAGCCAUGGGCGAGGAGCUCGUCGGAAAACCAUUCAUCAUUGUGAGUGGCACGAUGGCAUAUCCGCCGGGAGCACUGUCGACCGAAGACACCGAGCCUUUAAGAGACGGUACACUUGCUGCACGAAACCUUUCGUCCGAUCUGCUUUUCAAACUGUCUAAGGAGAUUGGUGUGUUGGGCGCCGUCGUUCGCCUCGCGCCAACUGUACACGGUAAAGAGGAUCAGGGGUUCAUGGUUAUGAUCGGGGAUCUUUCGAAGAAAGCUGGUGGUAGCUAUUAUGUUGACGAUGGUUCCAAUCAGUGGCCUGCUGUUCAUCGACUAGACGCUGCAGCCUUAUUGCGCCUAGCGAUUGAGAAGAAGCCCGCCCCUGGAGGAGUUACUUACAAUGGUGUUGCUGAGAAUGUAUUAACGAAGGAUUUCAUGACGACGAUUGGCAAGAAACUGAAUGUUCCGGUUGAAGGCAAGCCACAAGCCGAUGUAAAUCAAGCACUGGGCUUCUUUGGUCAUUUACUCGGCCACCAUAACCCUACUUCGAGUGAAAAGACACAAAAGACGCUUGGUUGGACGCCGACUCAAAUUGGGUUGAUUGCUGAUCUUGAGCAAAAUUACUUUCUGCAACUUAGAGAUCCUGGGUUUUAUCUCCUGCUCAAAUCCCGGACUUUCUACCCUAAGCUUCAACAGUCGUUGGUGUAA